CUUUUAGAUCGUCGUCUGUUUUCGACCUCACCGCAUGGCGUGUCACUCGGCAUCCUCGGCAUUUUUCAAAAAUUACUAAAAAUUAACCUUUUUCAGCACACAAGUCAGUCAAAAUGAGCGUCCCUGUAGUCUUUAUUGACAUAUCUCUCGAGGAGCAGGCGCAAGAGCUUCGUUCUUACAUGAAGACUCUGGGUGCGGAAAUAUCUGAAGAAAAAUCUCCGAAGGGCAUCGAAGACGAUUUGCAUAAGAUCAUUGGCGUUUGCGACUCGUGUUUUAAAGACACUUCCGAGUCGGAUGUGGAAAAAACACUGAACAGCAUCGUUUCUAUUCUAAUUCAGCUUCCCAAUGACCGGUCUGAAAAUCUCAUCUUGGCAUUUUGCGAAAAACUGACUAAAGCUGCAACUACUGGAAAGUUGAGCGCCAUCACAUUGAGAGCGCUGUGGCUAUUGUUCCAAUCUCUGGAAGAGAGUAGUCCUAUGCGCUAUCACGUCUACUGUCAUGUGAUCCAAGCUGCCAAACAGCCAGAGCAUAUAAAAUCUGUAUUCCACAAUGUUGAUCAGCUGAAAACUCAAUUUGGAACUUGUGUUCCCAAUAACGAUCAAAUGCAGAAGCUCCUUCGACUCCUGCACGAUGUUCUUCUUAAGUGCAACCAGAGUGAACAAGCUGCAAAAGUAAUGGUGGAGCUUUUGGGCACUUACACAUCUGAAAACGCAUCUCAAGCCAGAGAAGAUGCUCAGAGGUGCAUCUUGGCUGCAUUGGCCGAUCCAAGCACCUUCCUUUUGGAUCCGCUUCUUGCUCUGAAGCCUGUGAGAUUUCUCGAAGGACAACUGAUUCAUGAUUUGCUCUCAAUAUUUGUGUCAGAAAAACUACCUAGCUAUCUGAAGUUCUAUCAAGACCACAAAGAAUUUGUCCAGUCACAAGGGCUGAAUCAUGAGCAAAACAUGAAGAAAAUGCGGCUACUGACCUUCAUGCAGUUGGCUGAGAGCAGCAGCGAAAUGAGCUUCAGCAAAAUCCAGCAGGAGCUGCAGCUGGAGGAUGGACAAGUUGAAUCAUUUGUAAUUGAAGUACUGAAAACAAAGUUGGUGCGAGCUCGUAUGGACCAGUCGGCCAAGAAAGUUUACGUGUCCAGCACAAUGCACAGGACGUUUGGAAGACAGCAGUGGCAACAGCUGAAUGAUUUACUGCUUUCAUGGAAGUCGAACCUCCACAUGAUCCAGGACAACAUGAAGCAAGUGGUAGUUGCUCAGGCUGAGCAGUAAGCGAUUUCCAAUAUGUAUUUAAGAUUCUUGAUUUAAUAAAGCCUGGUUAUGUUGUAAGUUCUUGGAAA